UCCACGGGGUCCAGACUGUGCUGGACAAUAGGCCUAUUUUGUUGUUGUUGUUGUGUUUGAGUGUGUUUGUGUGAGUGGGUGCGGAGCAGAACACGUGGUCUGUGACGCCAGCUGUUGUUGUUAUUAUGGGUUCCCAAGCAACCAAGAGUGUGUCAGAGGGUGACGAGAAGUUUAUGAUGAAAUUCGCUCCCGCUAGCGCAAAGUAUUUAGGACAUUGGCGCAAAAAAUAUGAUUUUGAAGGUAAAUUGGUUGUAGGACAAUGUCAAAUGUUAGUAGAACAGUUGACAGUAAAGGCAGCUUGUGCAAAAGGGAAAUUGAAACAGGAGAGAGAGUUACAACUGGCGUCCGCUAAACUGUGGUUAGAGCAGGCGCAGAAAAGACAGGAGGCAGCGAACGUGAAGAGAGCAGCUUUGCAGGCAUUAGCUGUGAAACCUGAAGAUGAGACGGUGCGGUCUACUUCAGUAGUGCUGACGUUAAGGGACCAACAGCAUAGAGCAGCAUUAGAGAGGGAGAGAGAGGCCAGAGAGGAGGAAGAAAAGCAGGAGCAGGAGAAGAGAGAGAGAGAGGAGGAGGACAGAGUACGGCAGGAGUUUGGGGAUGCCGCAGCAAAAUAUUUAAGCCCUUAUGGAACUAGAUCCAAAACUAAGAGGGAUGAGGCGAGUGCAGCUGGUAUGCCUAUGGUGGAGGUCGCGAAUCCCCAUUUUGGAGUUGAAAGUGACCAAAGCCGUGUUAUUUGUGUUUACAGGCCAUGGACUGAAUCUGAAUGUGCAGAGGCAUGUAAAGGUUUAGGAAACCCGUUGACUAAUGUUGAUGAAUUUAUCGCCCGACACAAGCAACUCUGCUCCUCGUACCGCUUAAACGGUCAGGAAACAGAAGCCACUUUUAGGAAGUGUCUCACAUAUAACUGGGCUCGGGUGCGAGGCACCUACACAGGGAGGGAUGGUAAUACCGUCCUACCCUAUGGACAUGCAAAUUUAAGAGGCCAAGUUGAUGGGGUUUAUGAGCGUCUUAGAAAUACCUUUAAAGCUUCUGUAGAUUACAACAAAAUCGCCCAAUGCAUGCAGAAAGAAGGAGAGGAUGUUCAUGAGUUCAGGGCAAGAUUAGAGGAAGUUUUCAAAGAACACAGCGGCCUUGAAGAGAGUGCGGAGAAGGCCAGCCCAUAUCAACAGCAGUUAAAACAUGCUCUGAUGAAUGGCUUCCAUCCACGCAUUGCUGCUCUCAUCAGAAAACAAAAUGUUAAUCAGAACACUGACGGGUCCGUUGAAUGCAUGAACUGGGCCCGCCAUGCACAGGAAGUUAUUAAAAAUAAAAAAAAGAAGCCACAAAGCGCUGAGGCCGCUGCCUUUUUAGUAGAUGAAAUUUUGUUUCAGGGACAGGCUGGAAGAGGGCAAAAUAGAGGCAGGAGUAGGAGAGGUAGAGGCCCAUGGCGACCCCAGGAUAACCGUGGUAAAAGAGAUGAUAAGUGCUAUGCAUGUGGGGAAAUGGGCCAUCAUGCAAGGGAGUGUCCUGAUCGCAUGCCUGAAGAGUAUAAACGCCCUGAUCCAAGAAACCCUUAUUAUAAUAAAUGA